UCACAUGGAACCCAAUUCAUGUAUGAUUUACGUACUUUUCUGUCGUAUCCAAAUGAAACGGGUCCUUUAUUUCCGAAAAUCUUACUUGGGAAUGAAAUUGAGUCUCCAGGAUCAGCUGUGGCCGGCGUCUUGUUCUAAUAAACAAGUAAUGAACCUUAGAAACAGAUGAAGAAUGGAGGGAAUCCUAUUCAAGUGGACAAAUUACAUAAGUGGUUGGCAGCCUCGCUGGUUUGUACUGGAAGGAGGGACUUUGUCCUACUAUGACUCGCAAGAAGAUUCCUGGAAAGGAUGCAAGGGAAGCAUCAAAAUCUCAGUGUGUGAAAUACAAGUCCACUCCUCUGACUUCACACGGGUUGACCUGACCAUCCCUGGAGAACAGUACUUCUACCUCAGAGCCAUCAACGCAGCGGAGAGGCAGAAAUGGCUGGUCGCAUUGGGAUCUGCAAAGGCCUGCCUCACAGACAACCGAACCAAGAGAGAGAAAGAGCACCAGGAGAACACAGAGGCUCUUAAGACCAAGAUGUCAGAGUUGAGGCUGUACUGUGACCUUCUCCUCCAGCAAGUUAACCAGAUCAAGGACCGUGAGGAGACUGAGGAGGCUGGGGAGAACCCUGGCACCAUGGUGAAAUCUACAUGCACCACCUUCAUCAAGACGUUGGAGGAGUGCAUGCUGAUCGCCAACCGCACCUUCAGCUCAGACCAGGCCACAAAGACCCCACCCGGGUCACCUCCCGUGGCAACCAUCAAACCCCAGAAGGUCAAACCUGUCAAUCAAUCAAAUCUGGAAAAACACAGGGAGUGUAAAGAAAUCUCAGGAGGAUCUGUAACGAAUGACAACCAGAGCCUUGACUCUGGAGCAGAGGGACCAGACCAACGAGACGGACCAGACACGCUCCCUGAGAGAACCACCCAAACACCCCCAACAGAAAAUAGCCCAGUCGACGGGGACCCCCAGGGCCCAGAGGAGUCUGCAGUGGAAGAGGAGGCCACUACCCAAACCACCCACACAAACCCUGACCCAGAACACACCGACCAACCAGCACAGCAGGAAGAGGAGGAGGAGGAGGAGGAAUUCAAAGAGGUGGAGCAGGAAAUGAGCAACGCCCAAGAAGAAGAGAAACAGGAAGCUGUCACUGACCAAGAGGAAGCCAAGCUGGAGGAGGAGCAGCCUGCCCAGCCACAGGGAGAAGAGGAGGAGACGGAGCAGGUGGACACAUUCUUCAGUACGAUGAGUCACAGAUUUAGUGAUAUAAGACUGGACGGUGACAGUGGUAUUCCUACACAAGCCUUUUUGGACUCAUGCUAUGCAAUAGUGCCUGUAUUAGACAAACUAGGAUCCACAGUAUUUGGUCCAGUAAAAAUGGAUUUUACAGGCAACAUCAAGAAGAUCCACCAGAAGCUGUCGUCGGACCCGGACAGCUUCCCCACUCUGCAGACCAUAGUGCUCCACGAGGUGCAGACCGGCGUGGCCCGCGUCCGCAACUCAGCCACCGAGGCCCUGCUGUGGCUCAAACGAGGACUCAAGUUCCUCAAGGAGUUCCUGUCCCUGGUCAACUCUGGGGAAAGGGAUAUCCCCGGAGCGCUGGGUAACGCUUAUGGACGGAGUCUGCGGCAGUAUCAUGGAUGGGUUGUGCGAGGGGUCUUUGCUCUGGCCCUCCGAGCAGCGCCAUCAUACAGCAGCUUCGCGGCGGCUCUGGUGUCUAGAGAGGGGGAGGAACUGAAAGAAGGAUUCAACACAGGCAUGCACCGGGACCUGGGGGUCUACCUGCCUGCCAUGGAGAAACAACUGGCCAUCCUGGAUGCCUUGUAUGAAGAAUACAACCUGGAGUCAGAUGAGGUGGUCUGAGAGGAGGAGACGAGAUCCCAACUGGUGGCCUGGGAGGAGGAGACGAGAUCCCAACUGGUGGCCUGGGAGGAGGAGACGAGAUCCCAACUGGUGGCCUGAGAGGAGGAGGCGACGAGAUCCCAACUGGUGGUCUGAGAGGAGGAGGCGACGAGAUCCCAACUGGUGGUCUGAGAGGAGGAGACGACGAGAUCCCAACUGGUGGCCUGGGAGGAGGAGACGAGAUCCCAACUGGUGGCCUGGGAGGAGGCGACGAGAUCCCAACUGGUGGCCUGGGAGGAGGAGACGAGAUCCCAACUGGUGGCCUGGGAGGGACACUACCAGAGGAGGAAGAGAGCCCUCAGACUCAGACCAUCUGGGAUACACUGACGAAGGAGGAGGAGGAAGUGGAGGAGGUAGAAGAGGAGAGCCCGGUCUGAGCCGCCGCAGCAGAGCGGUGGCUCUGGUGUACUUGAUGUAGUGUACAGUACUUUAGACUCCGGCUCUUUUCCCUCCUGUGACUUUCAUUAUGAACAGCUGCACCAUUGGUGGCUGAGAUUGCACAAAUAUGGACUUUUACUUUAAAUUGAGGCUGAUAUUGUUAUUGACAGCAUUAUUUGACAGCCUACAUAGGCUACAUGUAAUGAACUGCAUACAACACUGAAGAGUAUAAUGUAGCGGUGUUUGUAUUGAUCCCUGCUGAACUCCUACACCAAUAUACUGUAUCUACAUGGAUGACCUGCGUACCACCACCAACCCACCUCCCCCCUCCCUCCAGAAGCCACCUCCCCCUCCCUCCAGAAGCCACCUCCCCCUCCCUCCAGAAGCCGCCACCUCCCCCUCCCUCCAGAAGCCACCUCCCCCUCCCUCCAGAAGCCACCUCCUCCCUCCCUCCCUCCCUCCAGAAGCCACCUCCUCCCUCCCUCCCUCCAGAAGCCACCUCCUCCCUCCCUCCCUCCAGAAGCCACCUCCCCCCUCCCUCCAGAAGCCGCCUCCCCCCUCCCUCCAGAAGCCGCCUCCCCCCUCCCUCCAGAAGCCGCCUCCCCCCAGAAGCCGCCUCCCUCCAGAAGCCUCCUCCCUCCUCCCUCCAGAAGCCGCCUCCCUCCUCCCUCCAGAAGCCGCCUCCCUCCUCCCUCCAGAAGCCGCCUCCCUCCUCCCUCCAGAAGCCGCCUCCCUCCUCCCUCCAGAAGCCGCCUCCCUCCUCCCUCCAGAAGCCGCCUCCUCCUUCCCUCCCUCCAGAACCAUUCUCAUUCUCUCACAUUGUCUCAUCUACAAAUGUAUUGUUUACCAAGUGACAUUAACAUGAACUAUUAUUUUCCUCAUUAUCGUGAUCAUUUAAAUGUCAUCUUUAUGAGUAACUUAUGGAAUAAACCAUGUUCUAUAUGGAUGGAAAUGUCUAUGUUUUAAUGUAUAGGGUUUGACUGAGGUGCCAACUGAAGUGGAAUAUAUAGCAAGGCCUUGAUUCAAAAUGUAUUAACAAUCAUGAUGGAUAGAUUGUUAUUGUCUUCUAUUAGCUGACUUUCCUCUCCGUGACUGAUGUGGGGUAAGAAUAAUACAACGGUGAUCAUCGUAGAGGCAGUCCAACUUUGGCCUCUUAGUUCUGGACAUGAAUUCAGUCUUGUUAUAGAUGCACUGAACCAUUUGGACAAAGCAGGAGUAUCUGACCGAUGUGCAAUAGGCUGAUUCCUUGUUGUGAAUUAUUUCUAGUGUUUCUAUUUCUAAUGUUUUUGUAUCUCACAAUUUCAGAACACAUUUUAUACGAAUGUACAUAAGAUGGCAUUUUUACAUAUGUAUUAAACUUGAUGAAAUCAUGAAUGGCUACGUUUUGGUCAUUUGGAUGGUAUUUCUACAUAUGUAUUAAACUUGAUGAAAUCAUGAA